AACUGAAUAUUAAGGGGAGGAAAAAAAAGAAAUUGCAUACAUAUAUGGAUUGGCAGUCGGGGGGAGCUUCUUGGUGUGUUGUCGGUUCUGUUCGAUCGGUGGUCGGAAGUAAGUAGCAUAUGAUGGCAUUUGGAAAGAAGCAAGAGAACAGGACCGUGAAACUGAUAUAGGGGGAGCUGAUAUACAUGGAACUAGUGAAGGGAGUAAAGAUAGGAUCUGAACAUUGCGUUGCAGAGCAAUACCAAAGAACCCGGUUGAUGAGGGUCUGGAGCUCACUAUAGCUGUUUCAACAAACAAAUUAAGCAUACAAAAGGGAUUGGUACCGCAACAAGGACAGAAAAAAAGCGAGCACCUUGAUGACUGUCCCUUCAUCUCACAUGAGUUCAAUAGUUUCAACAUCUCGAGGAAUACUUCCAUCAACAGGGAUCAGCACCCGCGACAACCCAAGCGCUGGGGCUUCUGGCUCUUUCAGCCAGCCUGAACCAGAGUCCAAUGAAUGUGAUGAGACCGAGUUAUUCUCUGUAUCUUGGAAUCAGGACUAUGGUUGUUUUGCUGCUGGCACAAACCAUGGUUUUCGUAUCUAUAAUUGUGACCCAUUUAAAGAAACUUUUAGACGUGAUUUGAAAAGUGGGGGUUUCAAAAUCGUUGAGAUGCUCUUCCGGUCCAACAUUCUGGCACUUGUUGGUGGUGGAGCUAAUUCCCAAUACCCGCCUAAUAAAGUUAUGAUUUGGGAUGAUCAUCAGAGCCGUUGCAUUGGUGAAUUUGCUUUUAGGUCUGAAGUUCGUGCAGUGAAAUUAAGACGGGAUAGAAUUAUUGUUGUUCUUGAGCACAAGAUAUAUGUUUACAACUUUAUGGAUCUGAAGCUUCUUCAUCAGAUCGAAACUUUAGCAAAUCCUAGGGGUUUGUGCUGCCUUUCACACCAUUCAAAUACAUUUGUCUUAGCUUGCCCAGGUCUUCAACGAGGACAGGUUCGAAUUGAACAUUUUGGGCUGAAUAUGACAAAACUAAUUCAUGCUCAUGAUUCCCAUAUUGCAUGCUUCACCUUAACAAUGGAUGGGCUGCUUCUUGCAUCUGCUAGUACAAAGGGCACCUUGAUAAGAAUAUUCAACACAAUGGACGGGACUCGCUUACAAGAGGUACGUAGAGGUGGGAACAGAGCAGAGAUUUAUAGUAUUGCUCUCUCUCCAAAUGUCCAGUGGCUGGCAGCUUCAAGUGACAAAGGUACUGUUCAUAUAUUCAGCCUAAGAGUCAGAGUAGGGGAGGACUCAGCUGCUCAAGGGCUGGCACUGUUUCAGCAGAAUUCUUCAACAUCCCUGGAUGCCCUUAUUUCUCCAAAUGCUGGUUCCAAUCCCAGUUCAUCAUUAUCUUUUAUGAGAGGAGUUUUACCAAAAUAUUUCAGCUCGGAAUGGUCAUUUGCUCAGUUCCACUUGCCAGAAGACAUACAAUUCAUUGCAGCGUUUGGAUCUCAAAAUGCUGUCAUUAUUGUUGGCACGGAUGGGAGUUUCUACAGAUGCAGAUUUGAUCCAGUGCAUGGAGGGGAGAUGUUACAGCAGGAAUAUGUACACUUUCUAAAAACUGAAAGUAGGCUCAGAUAGGGUUCCAUUAUAACUGCGCCUGAAUGUCUGUGUGAAUAUUUUGAAGGCUACAAUUCUGUUUCUUACUGUCUAUUACGUAUGGGAAAAUGGAGAUGGUAAUGAUUGCUCUAA